UCUGACGAUGUUUCGUGCUACCGAUGGUCACAGGAAACAUCGUCAGAUCGCCACGUGUAUGGCCAGCUUUACAGGAGACUGUUCGCAGCUUGCAAGGUUGACACUGGUUUCAAUCCACUUAAAUGCCUCCUGUAGCUUCAUUUAAAUGAAAGAGAAUUCCAAAAAGCUUCAUUGGUUGGUAGGUGUGUGUAUUAAAAAAAAAAAACCAAACCCUUUUGCUGCAAAUAUUCUAAUGGUCACAAAUGUUGCUUUCAAUAUAUAAGGCCAGUACAGUAUUGCAAUCUGAAAUAGGUGCAGAUUUUGUAAUUUAAGAGAUGAUUUUUGUUCCAUUUACUGUCUCCAACUAUGACUACUGACUAUUUUAUGACUGUGCUUAGUAUACCAAGUUAUUACAAACAAACAAACAAAAUCAAAUAUACCUUAUCACUACCUGAACGUCAGCCAUCGGUGCAUAAAACCUGGUGUAUUUAUGAAGUUGUGUUCUGAUUUUAUAUACCACCUUGCUGGGUUAGGGUUUAACUUCAAAGGAAGCACUGUGGGACUGGUGGGAUAAGCAGGAGUUAUGGGGGGCCAAGUGGGACACUGGCUAAUAUAUUGCCCUUACUUCAAAAGUUUAAGAGGGGGCCUAAAUGAUUUUGCUAUGGGGCACCAUAGCUUCUAGUUACAGCACUGAUUUGUAGCUGUUUGUAUUUAGUAGUCACAAUCUUUGUAUCUGUUUACUGAGAGCCCUACUGUGCAUCUAACACCAGUUCCAUGUACUGGAAGGCUCAGUAAACAACAUUAGGAAGUCAUUUGUUCUUCAAAGCAUGAAUUUUGACGCCAAACCCAGAGACAUGUUGGUUUACAGUGAUCUGUUAGACCCCCUAGCACACUUUGACGUUUGUCAAAUAAACAAGUGCCCAGAUUGUUUUUAUUGGUAGUGAAACAUUCUGUAAGUCAGUAGCCAAUAUAAGGAGUCAGUUGUAGUGGGCAGCACUACAGAAUAUGCCUCACAGAGUCAGCAGGACAGCAGCAGGACCAUCAGCAUCACAUGAGGCCACCAUGCCUUCCAUUAAGCUUCUGAUCUGGUGCUCCUUGUGCCUGAUAUCAUCCAGGCUGUGCCAUUCGGAGAAGCUCUUCCACAGCCGGGAUCGGUCAGACCUCCAGCCCUCAGGAAUCCAACAGGCAGAACUGGUCAAGGAUUUGCUCUCCGCCAAGCAAUACCUGGCAAAAUAUGGUUGGACAGAACCAGUAAUUUGGGAUCCAUCGAGCGCCAAUGAAAAUGAACCUCUGAAAGAUUUCAGUCUCAUGCAAGAGGGGGUUUCUAACGCAAGGCAAGAGGUGGCCGAGCCAACAAAAAGCCCUCAGUUCAUCGAUGCUCUCAAAAAGUUUCAGAAGCUGAACAACUUGCCAGCUACAGGAAUCCUAGAUGAUGCCACCAUCAAUGCCAUGAACAAGCCACGGUGCGGCGUACCAGACAACCAAAUGGCAAAGAAAGACACAGAGAGAUUGCCCACAAGAAAGUCUUUGGAAAACAAAACCAAAGAUUCGGAGAACGUUACUCAACAAAACCCAGACCCCCCCAAGGUUCGGAGGAAGAGGUUCUUAGACAUGUUAAUGCACUCAAACAAGUACAGGGAAGAACAGGAGACACUACAGAAAUCCACAGGGAAAGUCUUCACCAAAAAGCUGCUGAAAUGGAGAAUGAUUGGAGAAGGCUACAGCAAUCAACUUUCCAUCAAUGAGCAGAGAUAUGUCUUCAGGUUGGCUUUCCGCAUGUGGAGUGAAAUCAUGCCACUGGACUUCGAAGAAGAUAACACCUCCCCUCUAUCCCAAAUAGAUAUCAAACUCGGAUUUGGACGAGGUCGGCAUUUAGGCUGUAGCCGGGCGUUUGAUGGCUCCGGGCAGGAGUUCGCCCACGCUUGGUUCCUAGGGGACAUCCACUUUGAUGAUGAUGAACAUUUUACUGCUCCCAGCAGCGAGCACGGGAUCAGCCUGCUGAAGGUGGCGACCCAUGAAAUUGGCCAUGUUCUUGGAUUAUCUCACAUCCACAGGGUGGGAUCAAUAAUGCAGCCCAAUUACAUCCCGCAGGACUCUGGCUUUGAGCUGGACCGGUCUGACAGGAGAGCCAUACAGAACCUAUAUGGUUCAUGUGAAGGCCCCUUUGACACAGUUUUUGACUGGAUCUAUAAAGAAAAGAACCAAUACGGGGAGCUUGUUGUUCGAUACAAUACCUACUUCUUCCGCAACAGCUGGUACUGGAUGUAUGAGAAUCGGAGCAACAGGACACGCUAUGGGGAUCCAUUGGCCAUUGCUACUGGCUGGAGUGGAAUUCCCGCACAGAAUAUUGAUGCUUUUGUUCAUGUCUGGACCUGGACAAGAGACGCCACCUAUUUUUUCAAAGGUACUCAGUACUGGCACUACGACAGCGAAAACGACAAAGCCUACGCCGAAGAUACGCAGGGGAAGAGCUACCCUCGCCUCAUCUCAGAAGGGUUUCCUGGAAUCCCAAGCCCCAUCAAUGCUGCCUAUUUUGACCGGAGAUGGCAGUACAUUUACUUCUUCAGAGACUCACAGGUUUUUGCCUUUGAUAUCAACAAAAACAGAGUUGUGCCAGACUUUCCCAAAAGAAUCAUCGACUUUUUCCCAGCCGUGGCAGCCAACAAUCACCCCAAGGGUAACAUAGACGCGGCGUACUACUCCUACACACACAGCUCCUUAUUUCUCUUCAAAGGAAGAGAGUUUUGGAAAGUCGUCAGCGACAAGGACAGAAGGCAAAACCCCUCUCUUCCAUACAAUGGAUUGUUCCCCAGAAGAACAAUAUCACAGCAGUGGUUUGACAUCUGUAAUGUACACCCUUCAUUGCUGAAAAUGUGAUUCGCCCAAAAAAGCCUGAAUAAUAUCCUUGCACUGAGAUUCUCUAAGGUCUUCUUCUGCCUCGGCUUCCACCAAUGUACCCACCUACGGCAUGACAAUGCUCCCAGAUGACAAACACAGACACUUUGGAUCCAGAGCUGUAGAAAAGCUGGACAAUCCUUAGUAAUGGAGUUGAGUAAACUAUUGUAAAGCACUGUUUCCUAAACGCAGCCCUAAGGAGCACCAACGGAACCAGGUUUCAGGAAGCCAUUCCUUAAUGACAUAAAGAACAGACAUAGGCGCUCCAAUAAUUGCUAAUAAGGGACAGACAGGCUCCCAUAAUGCCUAAUGUAUGUGUGUAAGUUAUUAAUGACAAGAAUGGGGAAUUCCAUUCAAGAAGAAUGUAUGUAUCAGUUGAGAUGAAUCCCAACUUGGGAAGAUUCCGUGUUGUACAAGGAUCCUCAGUUCGGAUCUGCUUAAAUGCUUUAUUUAUCUAUUGUUCUUUACAUUUCUACUAUGAACUCCUUCUCCAGAAUGCACUUUUAAACACAAACUAAACAUAAUACUGAUAGUAAAGGAGGAGGAAUUAUGGUCCAUGGUUUGGGCUUGGGCCCCUGGUUCCAAUUUGUGCUUCCUCUGUGGUAGCAAAAGUUUCUUGAAGGCCCUUGUCUUCUUCUGCUCAACAAUGGCCCAUGUGUGCAAAGAAAGGUACAUACAGAAUUGUUUAUGGAGAUGUGUGGCCUGAAUAAAGACCUGACCUCAGCACCUAUGGAAUACACCAAAACACUGACUGUGUGAGCCAGGCCAGAACCCCAACCUCACUCAUGCUCUUGCGGCUAAAUGGAGGCAACUCCUACCACUAAUGUUCCAAGAUCUAGUGGAAAGCCUUCCCAGAUCAGCAGGGACCAUUAUAGCAGCAAAGGGAGGUCCAACCUUCAGAAUUCCUAGCUCUCAUUAAUGAACUGUGUAGCACCGGGACUCAAUAGCUCUUACUGGCUGUGCACGUUUGAUUCAGAAUGAUACACUUUAUGUUAUUACUUAGCUUUAUAUGGCACUGUUAUUCUGUACGAAUAAAACAAUUAUUUUACAUUUCCAAU